CAUCAUCACCGUGACUCGAGAUCUACAACCCCCAACCAACCCCUGGCGCCUGAUUACAGGACAUCAUGACAUCGAAAGACGCGCACCUAUACGGCCAGCGCCCUGCUUCCCGCUCCAAAGCAAAAGAAAUCUCGUCCUCGAGCACCCUCGCCUUCUCCUCCACGCUCUCUGGCCUCAUCAAAGCCUCCGCGUCCGACUCAAAUAAGCCUGCCGCGGGCCGCGCUCGAUCGACCAAGGAAGAUAUCUUCAAGACACAUAACAAAAAUGUGCAGAAGCGCGCGUUAAAGGAUCUAGAGGAUUCGGAUUUCACGCAGAAACACCGAGGGCGAACCGCCGACGAGAAAGCCGAAGAUGAGGCAAACUGGAAGCGCGCGAAGCGGCGCAUGGAGGAAAAGGCACGGCUAUACAAUGCGCUCAAGCGCGGCGAUGUCGAGGACUUAGACGACAAGUAUGGUGUCGAUUUCGACCGCAAGUGGGCCGAGAAGCGCGAGAAAGGGGACCCAGAGUCUGAUGGGUCGUCCUCAGAGUCAGACGAAUCAGAAGAGGAGCUGAUAGAGUACGUCGACGAGUUUGGCAGGACGAGAAAAGGCACGCGAGCGCAGGUCGCGCGAGAAGAGCGCAAAAAGCGGACACUCGCCGCCGACGAACCGGACCGCUUCACCGCGCGCCCCAGCAUGCCCGAUCAAGUCAUCUACGGCGACACGGUCCAAACCAACGCCUUCAACCCCGACGAAACCAUCGCACAACAAAUGGCCGACCUCGCGGCGAAGCGCGACAAGGAACUUACGCCACCGCCAGAUGAACAUUUCGAUGGGCGCGCAGAGGUACGACAACGAGGCACGGGCUUCAUGCACUUCUCCAAGGAUGAGGAGGAGCGGAAGCAGCAGAUGGCAAAUCUCGAGAAGGAGAGACAGGAGACGGAGAAGGCGAGGGUGGCUCGGAAAGAGCAGAUCGAGGCGAGGAAGAAGAUGAUUGCGGAGAAGAAGAAGGCGAUUCAGGAGAAGAGGAGUAAGGGGCAGGCGGAGAGGUUUUUGAAUGAUCUUGGUGCAGAGCUAUUUGGCGGGAAGGAGUCAUAGAGGAAGUAGGUUUACGACUAGAUUCAGCAGGUAGAUGAUACCCGGCAGUCUUAAUUGAGAUACUGCUACCCC